AUGGCGCAGCGUUUCCGCGCGGGGGUGGUGGCGCAGAUGGUGCGCCAGUCGCAGUGCGUGCAGCUGGUCGUGCGGCCCGCCGAUGGCGCCGUGACUUGCGCCAGCCGCGGCGCGGAGAGGGUGUUGCGCGCAGAAAAGGGGCGGCUGGAGGGGGUGAGUGCGCGAGUGAAGGAGAGUCGACUGAAAUCCGCCCCUGCUUUUUCCCCCAUCGCCACCCUGACAUCUCAGCUUUUUUCCUGCCCCCAUUUCUUGUUCCGGAACCCACACUCACCCUCCACCCCCCUUCCCCCCAACUCUCUUACACGCUUCCUCUGCCGCUCCACCACUCUCGCCGCCUUCGUCCUCCUCCCUGUCGACCCGUUGCCCAUCCCUCAGAGCUCCUUUCUUGGAAUGCCGGGUAGUGCGUUGCCUUUGGACACGUGGCGGCAUCUCGUUGGCCAGCUGGAGAGCGGCAGUGUGGACGUGGUAACCCUAUCUCUGCCACUGCGGCGUUGCAAUGAUGGGCAUGGACCAACGUUAGUAUCAGCUGCACCAGCAUCAGCAGCACCGGAAGCAGCAGCAGCAGCAGCUGAAGCAGCAACAUCAGCAGCAGCAGCAGCAGCAGCACCAGAUGCAGCAGCAUUAAAACCCACUGCGUCAGCUGUGACCCCCCCCUCCGCGCCCCCUCUCUUGCGCCCUGAGGCGCACGUUCCGCGCACAGGCGCGCAGUGGCUGUACCGCUGGAUGGUGGGGCGGGAGAAGCGCGCCGGGGGGAAGGGGAAGGGCGCAAGGGGGGAGGGGAAGGGCGCUGGGGGGGAGGAGGGGGAGGAGCGCGAGGAGAAGGGAGAGGGGAGGGAGGAGCGUGAGGAGAGGAAGGAGCGGAGGGAGGAGGAGGUGGAGGAGGAGGAAAACAAGGAGAGGCAGCAGCAGCCACAGCGGCAAGGCCAGAGGCAGCAGCAGCAGCAGCAGGGUCAGCAGGGGCUGGGGCAGCAGGAGCAGCAGGAGCAGCAGGGGCAGGAGAGGGAGUGGUUGGUGCCGGUGUGCAUUCAGUUCUUUGAAGUUGGGCCGUGCAAAGACCUCGUCAUAACAGGUGUGCUCUCCUUCCCUGUGUUUGCUAUCGCCUGCUCUCUGCUCUUCUCACACCUCUGCUGCUCUACUCUCACCUCGCCUGCUCUGCUCUACUCACACCUGAGUUGUCUCCAAUCUUGUUCUCCUUCUAUGCCUGGUCUUCGCCUCUCCUCUACUUUCUGGUUUUCUUUUCUGUCUCCCCCUUCCCCUGUCUCUGCCUCUGCUGCUUUCCCUCUCCCUCUCCCUCUCUCGCCCCCUGCGUCCUCCCCCCUCUCUUCCUCCCCCCUCUCUUCCUCCCCCUUCUCUUCCGUCGCUCUCUCUUCCCUCGCCCCUGCCCCUGUCCCACUCUCUGCUCCCCUCUGUGCUCCUCCGACCCUCGCUUCUCCGACCCUCGCUUCUCCAACCCUCGCCCCGCCAACCCUCGCCCUGCCAACCCUCGCCCCUCCGACCCUCGCUUCUCCGACCCUCGCCCCUCCGACCCUCGCCCCUCCGACCCUCGCCCCUCCGACCCUCGCCCCUCCUGCUGCCGUCACUCCGAAACCCGCCUCACGGGUGGAAGCGGCGCCUGACAAUUCCCUCCUUACCCUCGCCCCUCUUGGCCUCGCCUCUUCUGAAUCUUACUCUGAGCUGCGAAAGGGCAAGCUCAGCACGUGGGACGUGGCGGUUGCACGGGGAACAACAGGGGCCGCUAAGGCAGAGGGGGACGAGGACAAGCAAGCGGGAGAGACGGAGAAAGGGGCAGCAGCACAAGGGCGAGCGAGGGAGCAAGGAGGGAAGGAGCAGGGGGAGCAGGCAGGGAAGGAGCAAGGGGAGCAGGGGGGAAGGGACCAGCAGCACCAGAAGCCACCGCAGCCGCAGCAGCCGCAGCAGCCAGUGGGGAUGCGGCGUAUCCGAGUGGAUCCAUCUCAGAAGCCAAGGGGGGCGUCGGAGACAUGGCUUUUGCAUGACUUCAAGGAGCGACCCGGCAACCAGUUCAAGUUCCGCAUGCUCUUUGAGCUCUCGUCUGACCCCAAGAUGCUUCUGAGCAAGGAUGGACGGUUACUGGAUUGCAAUCAAGCGACGGUGAGGAUGAUAAAAGCCAGGAGCAAGGACCACCUCAUAGGCCGCACCAUCCAGUCGCUCUCGCCGCUGCUACAGCCGGGCACGGGCCAGCCUGCUACAGCCCUGCAGGCCAUUCUCGACGAGCUCGCCGACAGCAACGCCGCCGGCAGCAGCAGCAGCAGCCCUCACAGCUGCAGCGGCGGCACCGGCUGCAGCAGCCCCAGCUGUAGCAACAGCAGAACCACCAGCAGCAGCAGCGGUGGCGGCGGCGGUGGCAGCGGCGGUGGGAGUGGAGCGUGCGAUCUGCGGCGGUUUGAGUGGGUGUUUCAGGAUGAUGAGGGGGGAGUGCUGCCCGUUGAAGCCCUGUGUCGUCUCGUGGACCUCAGAGGAGACGCCAGUCAGCCGCAGUCCCAGCCCCAUCCCUCCUCCUCCUCCUCCUCCUCCUCCUCCUCCUCCUCCUCCUCCUCCUCCUCCUCCUCCUCCUCCUCCUCCUCUCACUCCUCCUCACACUCGCGAGCAGCGGUGUAUCUGAUGGUGUGGCACGAUCUGACGGAGGUGAAGCGCAAGGAGGCGUCCUUGGAGCGAGCCAAGCAGGAGGCGGAGCGGGCGAGGCAGGCGGCAGAGAGGGCGAGUCUCUCGAAGACACAGUUUCUGGCCAACAUGAGCCACGAGAUCCGGACCCCCAUGAACGGGGUCAUUGGGGUGGCAGACCUGCUUCUCGACACAGCUUUGAGCGAGGAGCAGCGGAUGCUGGCCGAGACCAUCCGUUCCUGUAGCGAGGGGCUGCUGCAGAUCCUGUCGGACAUCCUGGAUUUGAGCAAGAUAGAGAGCGAUAAGAUGGAGCUGGAAGCUACUCAGCUGGACGCCCGGCAGCACCUCAGCAGCUCCCUCGCUCUCUUCCGCACUGCCGUGCAAGACAAGGGCCUUCAGCUGAACGUGAGGGUAGCACCAGACGUGCCGCACGCGGUGACGGCAGAUGCAGUGCGGUUGAGGCAGGUGCUGCUGAACCUGGUGUCGAACGCCCUCAAGUUCACCCACCACGGGCGCAUCUCCGUCUCCCUCUCCCGCCUCCACUCCUGCCCCGGCUGCUGCUGCUGCUCCCCCUCCCCCUCCUCCUCCCCCGAUCACCGCCACGCGGAAGGGGAGAGCCAAGGCAAGGAGGGUAUCAAAUCCAGCGAAGAAGAGGGUGAGAGAGGCAAGGAAGGGGAAGAAACAGGCGGGGAGCAAGAAGGGAGGGGAGAUGAGGAGGAGGAAGAGGAAGAAGCAGGCAAGGAGACGGGGUCACGGGUGGUGCUGCGGUACACAGUGGCGGACUCAGGCAUCGGCAUAUCAGAGGAGGGGCAGAGCCGCCUGUUCCAGGCGUUCACCCAGGCGGACAGCAGCACGUGUCGGCGGUUCGGAGGCACCGGGCUGGGCCUGGCCAUCUGCAGGGCGCUGGUGACGCUCAUGGGGGGGACGAUCGAGCUGACGAGCAAGGAGGGCGAGGGCUCGACUUUCUCCUUCACUGUCUGUGUGGGAGCACUCAAACACACCCCCGGCCAAGCCUCCACUGCUGCCGAGCCUGUCGACCUGGGGAGAUUGGAGGAGGACGUAGGGAGAGAGGUGGAGGAGGAAUUGGAGGAGGGGGACGUAGAAGAGGAGGAGGGGGCUGAGGAGAAGGAGAAGGAAUCACGAGCAUUCGGAGCAGGAAGGGCAGAAGCAGGAGCAGCAGCAGCAGCAGCAGCAGUAGUCAGAGAAGCAGUUUUCACCAGGCUGGACGGUAGUGGGAGCAACGCUCGCACCAGUGUGAACCAGCAGUCACCGCAGGAGUCACCGCAGGAUUUGUCGCAGGAUUUGUCGCAGCUAGCAUAUACCCAAGAGCCCUCGUCUCCUCUCCUCCCACUCGCACCGGGGGAAGCAGUGGGAGCAGCCCGCGAGAGCACCCAUGAAAUCGCCUGUGACAGCACCCAGGUGUGCGCUCGUCUCUCGACUGAAGCGCCGCUCUCUGAAUCAGCUUUAGCUGGGGAAGGCGGAGGGGAGGCACGAGGAGUGCGGUUUUCUCUUGGGAGCGUGGUGCUUCCUGCUGGUGGUGCUGAGGUAGAGGGCAUGGAGGGGUGCAUGGAUGGGCGGCUGGAUGGGCGGCUGGAUGGGCGGCUGGAUGGGCGGCAGGAUGGGCGGCAGGAUGGGCGGCAGGAUGGGCGGCAGGAUGGGCGGCAGGAUGGGCGGCAGGAUGGGCGGCAGGAUGGGCGGCAGGAUGGGCGGCAGGAUGCAGGGCUGCCUGGGGACUGGGCGGCUGGGUUACCGCGGCGGCGGGGAAUGAGAGGAAGCUUCUCAGAAGGAGACAUAUUGUUGAUGUGUGAGUUGGGGGAGAGCGAAUUGAACCAGCUGGUGGUGACUCGCAUGCUCAGACGUUUGGGGCUGGACUGCCGAGUGGCCGACAAUGGAGUGAUGGCCGUGGAUGCAUGCAGGGAGGAGCGAUUCGACCUCGUUCUCAUGGUAGCGCAUGCUCAGACGUUUGGGGCUGGACUGCCGAGUGGCUGA